AUGAAGGUCGAAGAGAGUGCGCGUGAUGGAAAGAAGAAAAGCGUUCGUACUGUUGGAACAAGGAAAGAAAGUAACCUUCAGAGUAAAGACCUAGUUGUAACUGUGCCGAAUGAAAAUAGUAACUCAUCUCGCCUUAAACCUCCUGUUACUGCAAGUGAGCCCCGAAAGAUAGUGAUCAACCGAAAAACUGGUAUAGUUUUCAGUUUGGAGUUGUGUGUUUUAUCUAGAAUUUUUGCUCACGAUUUCUCAUGUGCUGGGUUUCCACUUAUAUAUCAGAAUCCACUGAUUUGGAGAAAGUUACUGUUAAGUCUCUGGAUGAAAUCAAACGUGAAAAGCAGCAAAGAAUGAACGACACUUCCAGGGACACUUCAACAGAUGCAGCUUGUGAUGGGAACCACGAUGCCGUGAAUCAGAAUGACGAGGUCUGUGCUAGCAGCUCAGCAAGUGCCAUUGACCCAGGUAUGAACCGUACAUAUACGUCUGAAAUAUCCAAAACCAACAAGUGCGUUUGAAGAAACUGCAGAGUUUUCGAACAAAUUGUGAAAUUUGUCUCGAACUUCCCUGAAUGAAGUGGACAUUGCAUUUAAAAUCUUCUCCAUUACUGCGAAAUUUUUAUUGUAUGCACUGUAUUUCAGCUUCUGUCGUGUAACUGACACGUGAGUUCGCCCUUUGAAUUGAAAAGGAGUAACAUUUAACGCUGAUUGCAGCAAUAUUGGAAUCUCUGAAAUGUGAAAACUCUGUAGUGUAUUCUGCAGCUCAGCGGCUCAACGUUUGCAGUGAGGCGUGUAUGGUUUCCGAUCACACUUUCAUCGUAGUGAUGACUUAAAAUGAGCAUUGUAUUUUAUUGGAGAAGCUCUCUGGUGGAUUAGAAGCACCAGGGACUAAAUGUGGUUUCCAUAACCCAUUUAUAUGGCUGUUACUUAUAUUUAUUGAAGAAAAAUAGGCAAGACUUCUGUAAAAACCCAACACUCCAUCAUGCAUGCAGUUUAGUUAACCCUUUAACUCCCAUGAGUGACCAAGACGUAAUUUCUCCUUAAAAUAUCAAUACAAUAUCAAGCAGACAAGUGAUGAGAAUAAAGAAAAAAUGCAAAUAAGGGGAUUAUCAAGUUAAUCCAAUGGCAAAUUCUCAAAACUAACAUCACAAGAACUGUAUGGCAGACAGUAAGGAGAAUUACUUAUGAGAUCUUGUGAGUUAAGGGGCUAAAGAAAUACAGUAAUAGAAAUGCUGGACUUCCUUAAGAACUAAGGCUUUGUAAUACAAUACUAUUGGAUUACACGAAAGCAAUUGAAAAUAUCAUAAAAAUAAUUUUCCUUUUUGAAGAGAAAAAAUCUGUCACAUUGGAUAACUGAAGAUGUUUUAGCAAGACAAAUCAGGAUAGCAGCAAAUACAGUACUCAAAUACUGUACCUCUCUUUUCCUUGAUGAAUAAGACUUUGUAUAUGGUUAUACUUCUAAGUAGAUUAUAAAUUUUUUUUUCCAUUUUUGAAGACCUAGUAUCACUAUCAUUUGUACCACUAAUUGACAUAUGCUGGCCCCAACAUACCGUAGUUUCUCGUGUGUAAGGCACAUGGUUUUUUCAAGAAAUUUCUAGUGGACAGUUAGUGCUGAAAUUGAGGUGUGUCUUAAAGCCAAGUAUUUUUGGAGAUAAAACCCACUUUCUUUGUCCAUCCAGCCUUUUUUGUGCACCGAACCUUGCAUCCUCAGAAGCGUGUUGAUAUUCAGUUGUCAAACAUCUUUUAAUAUGACUUUUGGUUAGAGUUUUUGGCUGUUUGCUUUUACCAUUAGAGCAACCAUGCAUUUUAUAGCCAAGUAUUUUCACUUAAUUUUCAGUUUGGGAACUUGGCUCAACCAAGUUGCUAAGUUUGGGGUGCACCUUAUAACCGAGAAACUAUGGUAUUACUUUAACACCAUAUCAUAGUUCUUGAAAAAAACCCUUAUGGACUGCACAAGGUAUUUGUGGAAACCGCUGACCCAGGUACUAUUUUGACUCAAGUAAUGGCAAAGAAGUAAAACUUUUUCCAUUAUUCAGCAGAUAAUGUUUGCAAUGGGCCAGAAGUUGAGUUGAGUGGUACAUAUGAAUCAGCUGGCAGCACCCAAACACAGUCAAGUGUUUUGUCAAGUCGUCCUUCCUGUGUGGUGAAACCCAGACCGCCACUUAAAAAGUUAACAAUUCCAAUCAAAGCAUUACCAGCUUCACUGUCACCAAUAGGAAGUAAAACUUUUUUGAGCAAACAUCCCUACAGUGCCUCAUCCUCCAGGUAUGAGUUUGAUUGCAAAGAUUUUAGGCUAUUGGAAGGGUGUCUUUUGGUGUGAUUCAUACUCUGUAAGGUCCAAGUGUCCCAUGUGACAGAAACACACCAAAAAUAUCUUAACUCCUGCGAUGUACAAUUACUGGAGCUUGAUUAAGUGAGAUUGUCAUUAUGGUAGACUUACUGCAUGAAAGCAAUUUUAAUUGAAGAGUAAGCAAUUUUGUGUAUUUUUUGUUGUAAAUGAUUGAGCUGUGAUUGAAUGCUAGUAAUAAGGUAAACAUUAGGUCAGUAACAAAGCAGACCCCAUGAAAGAACAAUAUCCGUUAAUCAAAAUAAUUAUGGGGAUGGUAAUAAAUUAUGCUUCAGCUUGAAAAUUUGAGCAUUAUGCUUUUGAGUGUCACCCCUGAAAACAUGGCAGUAUCUUGGAAAUUAUGAUAGAAAGUUCUUAUUAUACUAAAUUUAAUAACUCAAAUAAUAGAUUUUAAGAGCCCUCAUGCUGGAUACACUCCUUAUUAAAAGUUUAACCAACACAUAACUUCCUUGUUUUACACUGACUUGAUUUCCCUCUUCACAAGGGAGUCCAAAUUAAUAUUGUUUUGUGCAUGAUUUUAUAUAGCCUCAAGCAAGGCUCUGAGAUGGAUUUUGAUGGCUUUCUCAAUGAUCAUGAUCAUGAUCAUGAUGGUGAUGAAGUUGACAGUUAUUAUGAUGAGGAUUUCUUGCUUGAAGAUAAUGAAGAUGAAAUGCACCAAUUCCAUCCCUCUAUGGACUUUGGUGAAGUACCACUUACGCAAGAUAAUGCUGAGGAGGAGGAAGAAGAUGACGAAAUAUCACUGCAUCCUGACGAUUCCUUGUUUGAUGAAGAAGAUGACUUGGGAGUGAACAAUGAUGGAAUGAGACAAAGGUGCAGUGUACACAAUUUGUCCUGUAUUAAUUUUGAUGACAUGCCAGGGCUCCAUGAAUGUGUCCAGAACCAAACUGUACAUUUGCAAUGCUUCUGUUUAAUAAAAUGGUUCAUGUAUGUGUGCUCACGUACAAUGUUAAAAUAUUUUAAUAAUGGGCAAAAGAAAGAGAAGGAAGAGACUGUGAUGUUUGGCAGCAGAAACAAUUCAUUACAAAGUUGCUGAGACAGUUUCACUUUCACAAUAUUGACUGACUUUAUACUGAUUACUUUGAAAUACAUGUACAUGUAACAUCCUCAAGCAGCAGAAGACAGUUAAAUGAUAAAAUAAAAAUGAUUUUUGUGAGAUGAUUGUGCUACAAAAACCUGAAAAAAAAAAGUUGAAAAAAUUACAUGGAAGCACAGUGGCAGUUUUGUCUCAUGGAAAACAAGAUAAGAGAAAUUAAUGUCAUUUCUUAGCAAGAAAUGAGUUUGCUUUUGUGGAGAUUCUUUAAGAAUGUAAAGAAGACCUAUUAAAUUACUUAAUUUUCCAAUUUGUCAAAUGAAAAACAAGUACAUGUCAUCAUAGUAAGCUUUCUUUUUCAGCCCUAAAAAAAACACUUGUCAUUCUCUUUUUUUGCUAUACUGUGGGAUAGAUUCUCUAUUGACUAAGCUUGUUUGGUGGAGAUAGCUAGAUAUUAGCCUUGUUCUUUGUUUUUCAUUUUUAUGCACUGAAACUUCGUCUCAGUCCAUAAAAAUGCAAAAGAAAAAAAAAAAAGAAAAACAAGAAGGCAGCCAAUACCUAGCCAUCUUGACCACUUACUUGGUCGAUAACACAUGUUUACAUGCAUUUUGAUCUAGUAAAACAGUAUUACAUCUAUAUCCAAAUGUGGAGUGAGACUAAUAAAUGUUUUCAAGGUUUAUUCUAUAAUUUUUGCGUCAGUAACAAUAACUAUUGAAUAUUGAUGUAAGUGCGAUGGUGGAAUGAAUUUUUUCCAAAUCAUUUUAUCAUUAGGAGUACUGGAAAGAGAGCAGGAAAUGAAUCAAGAGAUCGAAGAUUUUCAACAACUGGCACAAAACAGAAACAGUCACAAGAAAGUUCCAGUAGCUCAGUCAAAACUAAAGAAGAACCACAGACUGAUAAAACUCAAGAGCAAGAUAAGAAUGAAGAGGUUGUCGAAGAGAGGUCCGAACAAGAACAAGCUUCACCUAGAUCACAACAAAGAACUAACAGAUCAUUCACUCGCCAACAGGAUGGUAGAAGGACCAAGAGACCUUCAGCAGGAAGGGGUGCUAAGAGAAAGGGUGAGAUGCAAUUGGGAAACAGCUUUUCAAGAAGAGGUAGAUGCCAAUCAAGGCUAGGCCCUAGGAGUUGUGGUGUUAGUGGGCCAGUUCAACCAGUACUUGGGAUGCCAGGUAUACCUUUGUUCAAUGCUGGGGAUGGACUCCUCCCUUUACCUGGGACUGAGCUAAUAUCGCCAAUGUUGCCACCCAUUCUAAAAGCUAAAGCUGAACUAGAGGCAGCCAUGAAAGAUAAUAUAGCAAAAACUGUUGAAAUGUUGGUAAAUCCCCCACCAGUUCCAGGUGAAGUUGCAUAUGAUGUGCAAGAGUAUAACAGCCGUGGACCUCCUGUGCGAAGUGGCAAAUUACCUCUGCGACAUCAGCCUAAGAGAUCUCACAGUAGUACCCAAGAGGUCAGGCAUAAGAGAGUGUCUGAAAACUCCAUCACUGAAUCACAAUUUCAACCAGAAAGGGCAUCAGACAGGCUGUCACCCAGGUGGUUGCAACAAACAAAGGAAAAUUCAUGUUACUCAAAUGAGCAACUGAGUGCAAGUAAUGGGAUUACAAGUCAAUUCAAUCCAGGAAACACUGUUACAAGAGAAGUAUCAAAGAGUGAGUCAACCACUUAUGCUGCUGAGGCCACAUAUCAACGCGAUGCCAUACCAAGUGAUGUUCAGAACAAUAAUAAUAGCAGCUCAAUAACUGAGAUAGAGAAAGCAAGAUUAGCUGUUUUAAGACCAACCAGCUCUUCGUCAAUGCAAGAUUCAGAUUCAGAUUCACAAACUUCAUCAAGUAAGAGGAAAAAUCCUUUCCUUGAUGAAGACACAGUGCAUGGAGGAAAGGUUUUAGUGACAACAAGCCCUGAUGGGAUGCCACAGCCAAACCUUGCAAAGUCAGGAACCAGGAAACCUUUCCCAAAGGGCUACUGUUUUGUGCAACUGAACACUGGAAAAUGCAAGAAAUCAAAAUGUAAAUAUGUGCACAUGGAUCAUAAUCAGCUUCAAGAGGUACAACAUAUUUUUUUGUAUCUUGUUCAUGUCAUAUUACAGUGGGAGAUGAAGAGGACUAAUAGUUUUUUUUUAAUGGAAUCUGGGUGUAGAGGUCAGGGUUUCAUGACCCAAGACCUGUUUCUCGAAAGUCUUAGUGACUUGAUGGGCUUGAAACCAUAUUUCAAAAACAAAAUUUUGGAAAUAGAGAUGCAGUUUCUGGUACCCUAAUCAGUCCAUUUCGUUUCUUUAGCUGAUAGUUUUUUUCCUAUAUCAUUUUCAACACUUUCGAAAGCUCCCUCUGGAAUUAUUACUAGAACAGCUUAACAGGUGAGUUUAGUUACUGGGACAUUCGAAAAACAGGCUCCUGGUAGGGUCAUUUUGUUGUGUUUUGGAGCAAAACACUUUGCAUUCAAAGUGCCUCUCUCCAACUCAGGAAUGGAAAUGUGUAAUAGCAAAUUCUCAGGGAAGCCUAAGGAAAUGCUUCUUUGUGAUGGACCAGGAUCCCAUCCCAGGAAAGAGGUGGGGGGGGAGGAAGGUAAUAUCAGGUACUCCUUGUCACUUUAUGCUAAAGAAACAGGGAUAAGCUUGAGCCAGAUGGGCCACCUAGCUUAAGUGCAGACUUCACCAUCCACCUUUUUAUUUUGCAUUAUUCACUAGGUGAAUUUAGACUUUCAUACAAAAGAUCUAAGGAAUUUUUUUUUUAUUGUUUUGCAGUUCCGAGGGGUACAACAGGCUGGUAUCACAAGCAUGUAAGUACAUUAUAGAAUCAGAAGAAACCUUAUUUUCAGGGUUUACACGUGCACUUUUCAUUGUAGCUAGGGAAUAGCACUUUGUAACAGAACAAUCUCUGUGUGUAAAAGAAAAAUACCAUGUUGUUUAGGCUUUUGAAAUUUAGAUGGAAAAUUCUGCUUGUCUGCUCUUAAGUUCUUUGAUAUCCAAUGCACAAUGAACACUUCAUAAGGUAUGGGAGAUUUUACUCAAUGUUUAAUGAUCUCAAUUUUUCAGCCAAGGGAAUGAUUUAGAGGAGCUUCCUACUUUAGAAACAGAAGAAACUGUCACUGUUCAAGAAAUAAAACCUGAAGGUAUGUACACUGUACAUGUAUUUGCACUUCAGUGGGAACUUAUAAGUAGUGCAAGUCCUUCCACUCAUUACUGAACCUUUUUUUCAUGAGGUUCAGUACUUUGUGUCAUUAUGCUAAGGUUGAUAAUGUAAAUUGACCAAGAUAUUUAAGGCUGAUGUUUUAAGUGUUAGCCUUCAGUCAUGCGCUCUGAAGAAGGGCUAAUGCUUUAAACAUAAGCUUUAGAAUCCUUUUAUGGUGGCCAAUUUACAUUAUCAACUUGUUUAAAGAAACCAAAUUAUCCUGUGAUACCUCACCAAUGCAGCACCACAUUCCCAUUGGAAAUUAAACCUCCUUCAUUACUUUGUUUUAUUGUUUCAUGUACAUGUAUCACCCUUUUUGAAUGUAUUGAAUGAGAUAUGAUUUACCUGUCUGUCUAACCCAAUGUCUUUUCUUCCUUGUGCAGAGAAUGAUCCCACAGCAUCCUACAAUUUAAUUGCUGAUCUGCUGACAAAUAACAAUUUACGUAAGAAUUUGAUAGUGCUUUUUUUUACUUAAUGUUGGUCAAUUGGGGAUUGAGUGUAAAAACCUUAAAAGGCUGAAUAGGGAAGAUUUUGCUCUGUUUUCAUUGGCUCCUCAGCUACAUUGCUUAAUUUGAAACUUUUUUUUUCUGUGAAGAUGGUGCUUGGCAAAUGGUUGAGAAACUGUGCAGAACAAACAGACCUGACCUGGCAAUUGUGAGGAGGAUUCUUGUCACCUGUAGUGAACACCAAGGAGAACCUGACAUUGCUGCCCAGGUAACAGCUUCCAUAGCAACCUGGGCCAGUGCAUAAGUCCUUUAUUCUAUGAAAUGAUUAACAAAUAGAGUACAUGUUGGCUUGUGUCUGUUAAGUGAUAGAUCUUGUACUCUGUCACUAAAGAAGGAUGAGCUGUUGAUGUUUUAAUUUUUCUCUUUGCAUGGUACAUGAGCUUGUGUUGUUUUUCUUUCUUUGCAACCUACUGCAGAUAGUACAAUGUGCCUGUUAAUUUGAUUUGGUUUACAGUGAUAUGCUAUGCAAGAAAAAUAAAUUGCUUAAAAAGGGUUCCAUUACUGCAAAGCUAAGCUAUGUUAAAUAAUUUUCUUUCCCUUUCUCCCUUUUUCCCAGUGGUGGUUCUUUCAUUAGAAAUUUAAACAUAUAAACAGUUACCAUAAAAUGUUUUUCAUGUUUGCUAUAACACUUGUACUUGCAAAUUGUGUGUGUAAUACUUAAUGAUAUUCUAAUCUUGGUAGGUUGCCCACAAGGCAUUUGACACAAUCAAGAGAGUUAGUGGACAGCAUCAUCGUCAUGACUUUACCGUUCUCAUCAGAACAUUAUGUCAUGCAGGACAAUAUAUCAGGUAUGGUAUGUAAAAUUAAAUGGUGAUGCAGGGGUUUUUAUCCUAGUUCCUUGAGAAAGCCCCCAGGUGCUUAUUUCAAAUUUUGGCAUAAAGGAGAGGUGCUAAUUGGAAGAAGGGUGUUUAGUUAAAAGGGGGGGCACUUAUUAAGAAAUGAUUAGCUUGUAAUGAUUCCGCUGUAGUUGAAGUUUAAAAAGUUAUCAAAGUGGUGAUAGAAACAGGUUUUCCUUUUUCCCUUCUAUUUAAGAAAGUGAGGGAGAAUACAGGAGGGAGUGAGUGGGGCACUUAUUUGAGAGGGGCGCUUGUUUGACGUAAUGGCUUAGGGGGUGGUUGCUUAUUCAGGGAGGGUGCUUAUUAGAGUUUGGCUGCUUUUCAGGGAAAUACUGUUUAUCAAUUUAAAAUUUAUACCAAAUGGUGAGAGGCCAACAGCUGAUCUGUUGCUGGUGAAAUCUCAAGUGAAAUGAAAUUUUAAUGUAAUAAUUCUAAGGAUGUCAUUUGAUUUUAUAAUGCAGAGCGUAUGAGAUGCUGGAUGUCAUGAAAAGGAAUAACCACAUGCCAACUUAUGAAGUAUUUCUUGACUUGAUCCAAGCUUCUGCUAAAGACCCUGAAUGGUAUGAGCCUCUUUUUUUUAGCAAGUGUUCAGAAGAAUAAUUUUUUUUGUCCUGUCCAUGCUGUAUCAUGAAUAUACUGGAUCCUGUAAGGAAAGAUGGUCUGUGAAUGUUGAGUGUUUUUUACUGAUCAAAACACAUGGAAUAGAUUUUGUAAAGCAUCCUCCAUUCUCUAAUGUACUUACAUGUACAUGAAUAUUGAGGGCAGCAGAGACUUCUGUGUUUUAUCAUUAUUAACCCUUACAAUUACUCCUUUAUCAUCAGGGCUUUUAAUCUGUUGCAUGAAAUCAAGCAGUCAGGAUUGUUCAAGUCAGGGUAAGUACAUGUAACAAGUUUCCAUUUAGCUCACUCUGGAUAAUUCUGUAAAUUGACAUCUACGAAUAGACACGUUUUUUAUUAUUUUUCUGUUAGGAUCUGCAGUGAUCUCAUUCUUCUUGGCUGUAACAGUGGAGAACACUUUAUUCAGAAGACAUGGUUACUCUUUCAGGUAACAAUGCAAAUGUAUUUGAGCCCUGGUACACUUCACCACCCAUAUGUCCAGUGCACUGGUUCUUUCCCAAGAAAUUACAUGUAAUUUGAAUCACUUCAAGCUCUUAUCUUGAGGCUUUUAUUCUUUUGAUAUUACUAGUAUCAUCUUUAAUUUCAUGUUUUUUUGUUUAUUUUUUAGGAAGCAUUGCAGUUUCAAGUCCACCUUUCAAAUGAUGCUGUUUCUGCAAUGCUCGUGUAAGAAAAAAUAAGUGACUGAUUAGAAUGGUUUGGUUUUUUUUUGGCUAAAGAAAUUGGUGAAAUAGUUGGCUUCUUUAACAUAUGAAUAAAGGGGGUGAGUUCAAAAGAAACUGUGGUGCUAUGCUGGUGCAUAACAAGAUAAUUUGGUUUUAUUAACUCAGGUGAUAAUGUAAAUUGGCCACUGAGAAUAGUUGCUUAAGCUGAUGUUUUGAGCAUUAGCUGUUUGUCAGGGCAAGCCCUUUGUCAAAGUGAAGGGCUAAUGUGCAAAAUAUUGGUUUUAAGAAGUCUUCACAGUGGCCAAUUUACACAUCAUUUCAGUCUGUUGAGGUAAACCUCUAUUGGGAAGACACCCUUGAAACAAUGAAAAAUCUGUGAUAGACCUCUCUCAUUGUGGAGUCUCUGUGGCUCAAUGGUAGAGCAUUGGAGCACAGAAUCCGAAGGUCUGAGGUUCGAUUCCUCAUCGGGACUUAGAAUUUUUUUCUUUGUCCUAUGCUCAUGACAAGACAAAAAACAUCUUUCUUUAUUUCUUUACUGAGCUCAAAAUUUACCAACUCUCAUAUUUCAAUGAAAAAUCUGUGCUCGGAAAGGUUUUGAACUUACAUGUAGGGACUGGAUUUUUCUGUAGGUUUUGAAGAAAAAUGUGCUUGUUGUGUUUGGCCCAGGUGUGAGUCAUUUGUUUAUUACUACAUUCAAUCCUCUUAGCACUCUGUUAAAAGUGAAUGACUGGGAGAAGAUUAUGUCGGUACUACCAGUAUUUCCACUCGCAACACCAGCAGUGGUUUUGAAGGGAGCUGUGAUAACUGCACUUCAGAAGCCAGAAUGGAUUGAAAUGGUCACUGAGGUACUUGGAGUGACUCCAGCAGAAAACCUCUGUGAACUUGGAUCUGAUGUGAGUUUCAUCUUCACUGUUGUGUUACAUAUAUAUAUUUUUUGUUACCUAUCCGAAACACUAAAUGCUUUCUGAAAAUGCACAUUGCUUACAUAUAUAUCAGACUCUAGAACAAAGGGGUAGGGCUUUCAUUUGGAAGUGGAGGAGAAAAUUGAUAAGUACAUUUAAUUGUAGAUUAUACAGCAUAACCGAUGCUCAGCAGAAUAAUGAAUAGGCCAGCUUUUCAUAAUUUAGUUAGAGAAUUAUGAUUAGCAGCCAGGAAAAAUUUUAUCUAUUGUGCCUCAUGAACACUCAGAUAUUACACGUAUGUUCUCGCACUUCAGUUUAAUUAUGAUCUGGUUGCAAGCAUCAGUUAAAAGUUUUUGUAUUCGCUCUAUAUUUUACAAUAGGAUUGGAAUUCACUUUUAGAGGCGUGUUGCCUACUACCAGGCAACAAUGUAUUGUUUGCUCAGAAUGUGUGCUCCUUGAUGCUUCAGAAUGGAAUCACCCUUGAACCACAGGUACGUCUUUAUAGGGUUGGGGCCCUUCUUGAUGUUUUUGUUUUCCUUUAUCGCAAAAUGAGACAAUCUACAGUAAGUGUUUUCACAAAGUGGCUUGACUUGAAAGGACUUUCCAUUCUAUUUUCAUGGUUUAGUCCAUCAAUAACUAUAUGAGAGCAUUAUGUCAUCUCGACAAUUGGAGUGCAGCCUUGGAGCUCUUCAACACAAUUAAGGAAGAUCCAAAAGUCCUUGAACAGCCUCAUGCUAUUGCAAGUGGUUUGGUUGCCCUCUCAACAGCUUUGAGCAAAGCUGGGCCCUCAGCCAGUAUGCUCAUUGUAAUCCACUUCAUGUUGGAGUCUUGGAUCAAAGUGAGUUAGUCAUCUUUUAGCUGUUGUUACUCUUACCUGUACAGUAAAGCUGCAGUGCCCUAAGUGCUGAGUUUCUUUAUGUUUCAAGAAGUACAUGUACAAUACAGCUUGUGUGUACUGCAGCAUUCCCGCACGUUGCAAGUGCGAUGGAGUUGUUUAUGCUUCCAGUGCGUGAGUUACGCGUGCGCAGUGGAAAAAUUGCAUGGGUACACACAAAUGAAUUUAUUUUAUUUUUUCGUACGCCACUUGCUACACUCGAAUGCGUGUACUUUUUCACUCAGAAUUAAUGAUUCUGAAAUGCUUUCGUGCGACAUGGAUAUCUAAAUACCAAAAAUAACAGGACAAUAGUGAAAGACUCCUUGAUAGUACAUUACGUUACUUUUGUUUCUAAAUCAUCGAGCAGAACUAGUGUUACUUCACUUGAUUAUGCUGGGAGAUGAGAAAAUAAAUGAUAUGAACUUUCUAGGGUUAAAAGUUUGGUUUGUUAUGUUAAAGGUCUUACUAUGAGGUAUAAAUUACUUUUUAUUUAGCCUGAAGAUAGUGUGUUGCAGUCCGCUAUUGAAAUACUGGACAAAGAGAAGAACUAUAAAGGUGUUCUGCAGUUCUUCCAUCAGGUAUCAUUAAAUGACUCUUUUUAAGUUUCUUUAAGAGGAGCUUAGAAUGACCUGAUGGGUACCUUUGGAUAUGCACUGACACGUUUUGUCUGUGGUAAUGGGACGUAGGAGAGAGAAAACAUAUAUGAAACCCUCUCAGGUCCAGCUACUUAAUGGGUCAAAUUCAUUAAGGGAACUGUCUGAGGUCAGGAUUUGUUGCAAUUUUGGCCAGAUCACAGUCUGGAAAAGAUGUUAAACGGUAUAUGACUCUGUCAUUUCUUGGUGUGCUAAAGGGCUCACUGAAUUUUCAGGGUACAAGUUGCAUGGAAUUCAUGCAUAACCUUUAAUAAAAUUUUGAAGUUCAUGGGAGAACAUCUGGUUAGUUGCAUCUGGUAAUUUCCCACAUUGUUACGAGAAUACUGACCCUAAAAUAAAAUAUUUUUUUCUAUUUACAGCUUGAGGCUGCUAAAAUUGUACUACCAGUGAAUAUGUAUAAACAGAUAACUGCAUCUUUGGAGAAGUGGGUGGAAAAUCCUGUUGCUUCUAUUCAGCCCUACGCUGCUAUGAGACGUAUAUAUCCUACAAAUCAUUCAGAAAGCAAUGAUAAGGAAGAAGUUCCUAGUCUGAAUAGGUGUGUCAAUUUUAAUCUCUAUCAUGUGAAUUAAAUAAUUGUUGAUUCGUAUUUCCUCUUAAGUAUAGUACAGUACAUCUAAUUACUUUCAGAACGACAUUCAAUACUCGUGCAUGGGAACCUUAUUUUAAUUUACCUUCCGUUUAAUUGCUAUUCACAUGAAGUCUCAAAGAAAUGAAAAUGUGAAUUAAAUAAGCCAUAUAACUUUACUGAUACAGCAGUUUGGUUCAUUAUUGGUGCCAUCUUUUUUCCACUAUUUUAUAAAUGAUAAUUUUUAUUCACUUUCCAGUUCGAAAUCCCAGGGUCGCAGUUAUGGAAGAGUGUGCCGUUACUUCAAUACUCCUGUGGGCUGCCGUAAUGGCGACAAAUGUUCGUUUAUUCACCAUUCAAAUGCUAAUAGCUCACAGGGAAUUGUGAAUUCCGCUUCUCAAGGUAGACAUACUUCAAGUUUAUUAGAAUUCUAGAGCUGGAAAAUGAUAAUGGAAUAGGGAAUGGGAAUGGGAAUGGGUAUGGGGAUGAGAAAUGGGAAUGAGAAAUGGGAUUCUUCGCGGUGGUUCUUCUCGACCACUGUUUCCCGGUCGAUUUGAAAUUUGGAAUGUUGGUUUUUAUUGGGGAAGGAAAACCGGAGGACCUGGAGAAAACCCAUGGAGCUGGGACAAGGACAAGGACAAGGACAAGAACCGCCGACAAAAUUAUCCCACAUGUGAGGCCAGGUCUGGAAGUCAAACCCGGACCAUAGCUGUGGAAGGCAAACGCUCUCAACACUGCACCAUCCCCAUUCCCCGUAUUUUUCAUUGUUACUUGGAGUAAGGUUGGAAUUUUUCAAAGAGCUGAAAUGUAACAUUGCCAACAUUCUGAAGCAGACUGGUAUUUAAAACAAGCUGUCACAAUGACUGACGAAAUUGGUUUUUAGGAAUGAGCUGUGUAGUGGUGAAGUUGUGAAUGUUGAAGAAACUACUCCCAAGGCAUGAUUUUGACUUUAAGUUAGUGGGCACUCAUUGGAGAGUGUAUGAAAAAGGCCAUGAAAGAUAAUUCAGAGAUAACUUACAUUAUAAGAUAAAUUAUUGGUUUCAACAAUCAUCCAAUUUAAAAUAGUUUUGCUUCGGGUUAGUCUAUCUCCUCUCCCCAAUUUAAAGAGAAACCUUUUCAUUCCACGCGUAUGCUUUUGGUGUAUUUAUGAUUAUGUUUUUCAACAGGAGGAAUUACUGGACAGAGCAAUGAAGCAUUGAACCACACCCAACCAGGAAACCCUUUUGUAUACAGAGAUCCGUGUACGUUUCCUGCUCCGGCCACUGGGUCAGAUUUGUUUGGGCCUGUGCAUGAUCAGCAGCACGCUGCUAUAAGGAGUACUCCAACAAAAGCAGGGCUUCAUUUAGGUGGACCGUUUUCCUCUAAUCGAUUAGCCCCUCCUGUGGUCCGCACACCAACCGGAGGUGUGGCACAAAAUUUCCAACUUGCAGCUACAAACCAAUUUACCGGAAGAAAUCCAUUUUCUCCCUGUCUGCCGGGAAGAGCUCAUAGCGUAGACAGCUCAUUCAAUAGCUCAAAUACAGACCAACAUAAUCGCCAAACACACUCUGCCCCUGUUUUACCUGAAGCUUCAAGUAUCAGUUGCUUUCCUUAUCCCUCUAAAAGGAGUCUACAGUUUUACCUGCCGAGGAUCAAGGUAGGAUUUUUUUAAAUUAGUACAUGGUUUUUAAGCUCAGAAUAAGUGUCACUCAUCAAGGUUGAUUUUCAAAGUGUCAAACAUAGGCUUUUGCAGUCAUCUGGGUAAAAAUAAUGACUUAGAAAGAAUUGGUUUAAAAAAAUGUGGCGCCAGAAGCCAACACAUACCACUAAUUAUGGAUUUCGGUGGGUUUAAUCAAGAUAAAGUACAGACGAGGACGAAGAGUGCAGUCUGGUUUAGAUAUUUGGAAGGAUUAUUCUUUUUUAGUUCACCAUUGGUAUACAAUGAGUGUUCAUAUUUAGACGUGCGUUACAAAUUUAAUGUUUCAGCAUGCCAGUCAACAGAAUUGUUGGGAAGACUUGGGCUUUGUUUAUGUGGCAAUGAAGAAUGAAGAUGUUGACAUCGACUCUGAGGUAUUAAAAGCCUUUUUCCAGUCAUUUGAAGCAAACUAUAUUCAGACUGUUGGAGAAAACUUUGAAAAGUUUUGCAAUAAAAUACACCAUCACCUCGAGCAAACAGUACCAAAUACUGAACCCGACAGCAGUCCAAGUGCUUCCUUAGACGAUGAUGACAAACUCUUUAUUGGUGAGUUAGGAGUGGCAAUAAUGUACUUGACAUACUUCAAGCAACUUUUUGAUCAAGGGUACUCCGUGCUGCAUGUUUUGCACAACUUUAGCAUAAACUACUCAAUAUACGCAGGUGAAUUUGGAGUACAGAAAAGGCCUUUAACUUCAUGCGAAGUGGCACUUACAGCAGCAGACAUCUGUCUUAGUUUAAGUCAGCCUUUGCAUAGCAGUGCCUUAGAAGUACUUCGUGGUACAAACUAUGCUUGUGCAGCUGAUGGAAAAAUAAUGACCCCUGAGGAGACGGGGUGGAGGAGGCGAGUUUUUGUAUCAUUAUGUGAGUACUUCAUGAAUUCCAAAGAAUUUGCGUUUGUGUUUGAGCUAUUGGAUAAAGCUGGAGAUGGUGGGGAGGUGAAAGCCUUGUAUAAUCGACUCCUUCGUAGCCUAAUCUCAAAGAAAGAACUAAAUCAUGUCACCAAUCUUCUCCAAGUUAUGGAAGAUAAACACAUUUCAUGGGAACCAACGCUGGUAAGAGAGUUGGUGAAAGGCUUUGGAGAGGUAGGAAAUGUUCGGCAAGCCAAGUUUUACUUUAAGAAGGGUGUAUACACAGGCGUAUAUCCCGAUUCUUUUAGUACAGAGAAUCCUUUUACUGUUGUUGUGGGCGUCAGCUAUUCAGCUUUGGAAUGUCAGCUUUUUAUUGAGAGACACCUACAUUUCCUGAAAGAGUGUAUUGAUCGACGUGCGAAGUCUUCUGGUAGUGAUCCACUGAAUGACUCAGAUUAUAGUCCGCUUAGAGUUGUAGUAAAGUCAGAUGAGGUACCCAAUAUGUAUACCAGGGACAUGGGGAGACAGCAUGAGCAGGUCAUCGGCGCCAGGCUUGAAGAAGUGAGAAGAGUGUUGAAUGAUGAGUUCAAUCCACCUCUCCAGUGUGCAACACAAGGCAAAGAGGUAAGAACACAGAAACACUCAGUUUUUAUUUCAUCCAUGAGACUCGUGCAAAGCUGGGAAAUACGAUAACUAGUUUUAAAUGUUUACUAGGAAGGUGCACGAGCGUCUUUGGUACUCAUGUUACUGAUGUCAUCAAUUAUUUGCCCAUCUCCUAUCACCACUCAUGUUUAUUAUAGCUUUUGGUCAGUUCCCUGAAUCUUAAGAGGUGGUUCCGCGCCAAUCCAACAACUGGACGCUUUAAAGGAGGAAGCUGGAGUGGUGCGUUUUCUUCGGUUGAAAUGUAAACAACAUAUUUGGUAACAGGUAUGAGUAAAACAUUGCCAUCAAAUUUAGCAGAAAAAAUGAUACUUCUUUUCCUUAAUGAACGAAUUGAAGAUGUCAUCAUCGUGUUUGCUUUCUUUGAGAAUAUGGGGUGUAUUGCGCAGAUUAGCUGUUGAGUACAGCUGCAAAAUGCAUUGGUGCAAUCCCUAUGGUUGAAUGCCUGACAAGCAAUCCCUGGCUUCACAACAACUGCACACAAGAACGCGAAAGCAGAACAAGUCUUCUUUCUCGUGAAAAACUUUUACUGUAAGAAUGCUGUAAUCACUGCAGGCAGUUAAAAAGAGUUUUGUUGGCUGAUGCCCCGUAUUUUCUGCCUUCCAGGGAAAUGUCAGGUAGUAUCCAUUGACAGGUCUCCAAGUUUAUACAAAGACAGUGAGUCAUUAUCAAACCACCUACAU